ACCUGAUGACUACCAUUAUAUAUUUUCUUGGCGUGCAACGCACGUGUCGAAAGGCCCGGUGAGAACCGAAGGGCUCUUUAGCUAGCUACCAGCGUCGUCCGUCCGCCUUCUCCUUCGGGGCUUUCUUUGUUCCAAGCAAAGAAGCGAUGAUCUCGCAGUUCUUCGUGCUGUCGCAGCGAGGCGACAACAUCGUCUUCCGUGACUAUCGUGGUGAAGUGCAGAAAGGGAGUGCAGAGAUAUUUUUUCGUAAAGUGAAGUUCUGGAAAGGGGAUGAAGGAGAGGAGGCACCACCUGUCUUUAAUGUGGAUGGUGUUAAUUACAUUCACGUGAAGGUUGCUGGAUUGUUUUUUGUGGCAACUGCAAGGGUUAAUGUUUCACCAUCACUUGUUUUGGAGCUUUUACAAAGGAUUGCACGCGUCAUUAAGGACUACCUUGGAGUUCUUAAUGAAGAUUCAUUACGGAAAAAUUUUGUACUUGUGUAUGAAUUGCUCGAUGAAGUCAUUGACUUUGGAUAUCCACAAACAACAUCUACGGAGGUUUUGAAGUUGUAUGUGUUUAAUGAACCAAUAAUGGUUGAUGCUGCACGUAUGCCACCUCUUGGCCCUGCCGCCAUGUUUAUGCAAGGCACCAAACGGAUGCCAGGUACAGCUGUUACCAAAUCUGUUGUAGCCAAUGAGCCUGGUGGUAAGAAGAGGGAGGAAAUAUUUGUUGAUAUUAUUGAGAAAAUAAGUGUGACAUUCAGCUCUAGUGGCUACAUACUGACCUCUGAGAUUGAUGGCACCAUUCAAAUGAAAAGUUAUCUUAGUGGAAAUCCAGAAAUUCGUUUAGCUCUUAAUGAGGAUUUGAGCAUUGGUAGAAGCGGGGCUUCUGUCUAUGCAGACUACAGAAGUUCUACUGGAGGAGGGCUUGUGAUACUUGAUGAUUGUAAUUUCCAUGAAUCUGUGCAUCUUGACAGUUUUGACAUGGACAGAACUUUGGCAUUGAUCCCUCCAGAUGGAGAAUUUUCUGUAAUGAACUAUCGUAUGACUCAGGAAUUCAAGCCUCCUUUUCGUGUUAAUGCAUUUAUCGAAGAAGCAGGACCAUUAAAGGCUGAAGUUAUUCUGAAAAUACGUGCUGAUUUCUCCCCGAGUGUCACUGCUAACACGAUUGCUGUACAAAUGCCAGUUCCAACUUAUACAACAAGAGUUAGUUUUGAGUUGGAACCUGGUGCAGUCGGACAGACGACUGAUUUUAAGGAAGGAAUGAAGAGAUUUGAAUGGUGUCUAAAGAAGAUUGUUGGUGGAUCUGAACAUACAUUGCAUGCAAAGCUCACCUUUUCUCAGGAGUCACAUGGAAACCUCACGAGAGAAGCGGGGCCUGUAAACAUGAAUUUCACAAUACCGAUGUACAAUGCAUCGAGGCUUAUGGUAAGAUAUCUACAUAUAGCCAAAAAAUCCAAGACCUACAAUCCUUAUCGGUGGGUGAGAUAUGUCACACAAGCAAAUUCCUACGUUGCUCGCUUAUGAGAAAUUGUUUUUACCCCCCUCUCUUUGUUUAUCAUCUGCACUUGGUUGAAUGUAUCAGCAAGACAUGAUAUGACCAAUUCUUUCUGUUACAUGUACCGCUUUCAAUGAUUUCAACUGCAGGGAGCCCUUUCUGGACCUUUAAAAGAAACUUUAGAGCCGUGAAUACUUAUGUAUUGAACCGCCAUAUGCGCAUCUCCCUGGCCAUGCCAUCUAUAUUCUCUAUUGGUAAUAACCCUCCUGUCGUUCUCCUUAGAAUGCUGAGGAGCAUGUCCUUUUUGUCAUUUGGAGCCAUUGGAUUCCCUUACAGCUGCGAUUUGUGAAAAUUACAUCGGCUAAGCUGAAGCUUAGCUAUGGUAUACGGAAUAUGCUGUUCCAUGUAGCAGUGCAAAGAAGUCUAGAUGACCCAGGUGGGAACCGGACUGCUUGAGCUUGGCUUGUUAUAUGGAAGGAGUAAUUGAGCUUUUUUUGUUGAAGCUCGGCUCUUCUUACAUGCGCUGCAGAUGCCUUUUCUUUGCAGAUUGCAAAAGCCUCGUAUUAUUGGAAUCUAAAGCUGGCCUCUGCUCGUCAUGCUCUUAUAAAAUCUUUGUGGACCCUGUGCCAUGCAAGUCUUUGCGUCUUGUGGAUUUAUGGAGGACUAUUGAUUUGGCAUGCCCACCAAGUGUUGAAAUUUUGGAGUUAUUAAUUUAGUCAUAUAAAAAAUUGCUACUAUGAAAUACUAUUUAUAGUUA